CUAGCUGGAAAUGAACCCUUAUUAAACAUACCAAACCAGCAGCACAGGGUAUCUCUUCUGAUAGGAAGAAAAUGACUCUUACAAUUAUUGUAUAGCUUGCGUUUUUCAUUUGUUCUUUUCCUCUUCUAGCUGGAAAUGAACCCUUAGUCAAACCAUCAAAUUUCAAUUACUGUUUCCGUCUUCUAAUGUGAUAUUUAUGUCACUUUUAUGGUGAUUCCUUCAAUGAUUUAAUACCUUACACACAAAUCCAAAAAGUUUCAGAUAUUCUUUGGCUGCUAAAUUGUAGAAACCAAAGUUCAUUAGCUGCAGUUUUUCCAGAAUCAAAGUUGCCUGCAGUCUGAGAAGCUUAUUAGAACCAGUUUUGCAGCUGCAAGUUUUGAGGUUCCCUCCAGAAGUUCCAAAACAAAGAUUGGCAAUGGGGUUUCUGGAUCUGUUUGUUGUGGCACUGAUGCCAGUUCUAAAAGUAUUGCUGGUAACUGCUGUUGGACUGUUUCUUGCCAUGGAAAAAGUAGGUCUCUUGGGGCCAGAGGCUAGGAACUACUUGAAUAAAAUUGUUUUCUAUGCAUUCAGUCCUGCCCUUUUGGUCAGCAACUUGGCUGAGACUAUCACUUAUAAAAGCUUGGUUACCUUGUGGUUCAUGCCUCUGAAUAUUCUUCUAACAUACCUGAUUGGCUCAGCUCUUGGUUGGAUUCUCGUUAAAAUCACUAAAACUCCUAAACACCUCAAAGGAAUUGUCAUUGGUUGUUGUACUGCAGGAAACUUGGGAAACUUGCUUUUCAUUAUUGUUCCAGCCGUAUGUGAUGAGUCGGAUAGUCCUUUUGCAGAUUCAUCUACUUGCUCUACAGAUGCUGAGGCUUAUGCUUCACUAUCUAUGGCAGUAGCAGCCAUUUAUACUUGGUCAUAUGCAUACUUUUUGGUGAGUGCUUAUGCUGUUAAGCGUACCGAACACAGCUCUAUCCAGUCUUCUGAAGCGGCCUCUGAACCAUCUUCGGACGGUUGCACUGAAGCACUACUAGCUUCGAGUUAUAGCCAAAUUACCGAAGACGGCUCAGGGAAUGUUGAACUGCCUCUCACUGACCUCAAGGAAAGAAAAAAGAUGUCAUUUAUGGAGAAGAUUGUUCAGUGUCUCAAGAGCAUUAUGAGCAAGAUCGACCUAAAGAAGGUGUUCGCACCAGCAACUAUUGCAGCGAUAGUAGGGUUUGUCAUUGGGAUAAUCUCUCCGGUCCGAAAAGUACUAAUAGGUGACAGUGCCCCUCUUCAUGUAAUUAACAGUUCUGCAGCUUUGAUAGGGGAGGCAGCCAUUCCAUCCAUGACCUUGAUAAUGGGGGCAAACCUUCUCAAAGGUCUAAAAAGAUCAGAAAUGAAUCUGUUGGCCAUUUUAGGGGUUAUAGCAGUGAGGAACAUUUUCUUGCCUCUCUUGGGGAUCGGUGUUACUAAAGCUGCACACCAUUUUGGCUUGGUUGGAUCAGAUUCUUUAUAUCAAUUUGUUCUUAUGAUUCAAUUUGCUGUUCCGCCUGCACUCAACAUAGGUACAAUGAGCCAACUAUUUCAAAGUGGUCAGGGUGAAACUUCUAUCAUUUUGCUAUGGACUUAUGCUGUAGCUUUGAUUUCUCUAACACUUUGGUCAAUGUUGUUCAUGUCGCUUUUAGCUUGAUUUGUAGUUCAAAUUCCUUUCGUCUCCAACUUCUUCCACCACAAGCCUAUAGAAUGCAACUUAUUUGUAGAAACGUUGGUUUAUAUAUAUACA